UGCACUCCCCUCGGUGCCGGUGCGGUACAGGACUAAAGUGGUACAGGGACAAGAAUAUGUAAAUAUUUACUUUUUUAAACUUUCUAACAAAUAUACAUAUUUUAUAUAGCGAGAUCGACUAAAUAUGUUAAAGUUAUCAUACCAAGUUGUUCGUAGAUUAUCUGUUUCGGUGCACAGAUGCCACUCUCUUGAAACCAAAACACACACCUGGCCUCGUAAGAUAUUUUCCGGAGUUCAACCUACCGGCUGCCUUCACAUCGGCAACUAUCUCGGUGCUGUUAAGCGUUGGGUUGAUCUUCAAAAUGCCGGCGAAGAUGUUACGUACUGCAUUGUGGAUCUGCAUUCCAUAACAUUGCCACAGGAACCGGAAAUUUUACGGCACAACUGUCUACAAAUGGCUGCCACUCUGUUGGCAUGUGGGAUUGAUCCAAUGAAGGCUACCCUGUUCGUACAGUCUGCAGUUCCUCAGCACGCUGAAUUAUCGUGGAUUCUUGGCUGCAUGACUACAAUGGCGAGGUUGACGCAUUUGCCUCAAUACAAGGAAAAGUCAGCUAAGCUCAAAGAGAUACCAUUGGGGUUGUACAUUUAUCCAGUUCUACAAGCAGCUGAUAUUAUGCUAUACAAAGCAACACACGUCCCCGUUGGAGAAGAUCAAGUUCAACAUUUGCAGCUGGCUCAAUCACUAGCGAGAGCAUUUAAUAAUCGUUUUGGAACCACGUUUCCUUUUUGUGAGGCUAAAGUUUCGGACGAUACCAGCAGUCGAUUGAAAUCGCUGCGAGACCCUGCGAAAAAAAUGUCCAAAUCCGAUCCCGAUCCUAAAAGUUGUAUUAUGCUGACAGAUGAACCUAAAGUAAUACAAGAGAAGAUCAAAAAGUCGGUUACCGAUUUUACAUCCGAGGUCACUUUCGAUCCGGAAAAGCGUCCGGGUGUGGCAAAUCUUAUAACCAUUCAUUCGCUAACCAGUGGAAAGACACCGGCGGAGAUAUUUGUAGAAGCGAAAGGAUUAAACACGGGCCAGUAUAAGCAACAAGUAACGGAAGCUUUGGUGGAGCAUUUGAAUCCAAUUAGAAUUCAAAUUGGCAGGUAUAUGGAUGAUCCUAACUACCUUACAGCAAUCAUAGAAAACGGUUGCGAAAAAGCGCGGUCAACUGCCGAAAGAACAAUAACAGAAGUCAAGGAGAAAGUAGGAAUGAAUGCCUUCAGUGUGAUACGGCAGCAGGCCAUAAGGAGGAAAGAACUCGCAAAAUGAGUUGCACAUCAUUAUUAUGGUUAAAUAAAAUAAUAGUUAGGUAAUUGGUACCAGUGCUGAGAAUAUUCACUGUCAUUAUAUUUAAAAGCAGCAAUUUUCAGCCUUUGUUAUAUUGAUAAUCACCACUACCCAUGCGAACAUUGAUAUUCGUGAUACUAGAAAACCGAUGAACGUCGACCGGAUAAACCUUAACACUCUUGUUGAUAUUUUGAUCGUCAAAAAUGAAAAUCAUUUCAAAAUAGUGAAAAAAAAAAUAUCUGAAUAGCAUUUUCAAUGCCUUUGAUAUUUAUUCCACUGCUCCGUGAUUGAAUAUGGUAAACGAAAUUCAUGCAUCGUUCCAAUGAAUAAUGGUUGCUGAGUUCCAUAAGAAAAUAAAUGUGCUGACAUUGGAAACAAUUCAAUUCAUCUACUCGUAAAUAUCGAUAAUCUAAGGCAGCGGUUCUCAACCUUUUUUUUGCCCGCGUACCCCUUGGCGAUAUUUUUCAUAUCAAUUGUGUGGGAGUAGAAUGACCACUGUGUCACCCCUUGUAUUUGCUUAUGGCAACACCGUACCUUUGUUCAAAUACAUUGUCAUUAUAUUUGCUUUCAUUCGAUUACAAACGUGCGUAAUAAAGAGUUAUUCCUUUUCUUGUUGA